AUGGGAUCUCAAUUGGAGGAACGGAAGGGAAGAAUGGAGGAACGGAUAAGAGAAGGGAAAGGACAGGGAAACCAUGCCCUUGGGGGUAUAGAAUUGAGGUUCGAUGCAGCAGCUACCUUAUGGAAGAAAGGGAAGAACGAAGACAAAGAAAGCGACAAGAUGAAGGAAAGACGAAAGAAAGAGCUAGACAGAAAAAUGAAAGUAUAG